AUGAAAUUACCCACACAAAUUAUGGAUCACUAUGCUGUAUUGGGAGUGCCUCGUACAGCCUCUAAACAACAAAUUAAAAAAGCAUAUUAUGCAUUGGCUAAAAAGUACCAUCCCGACACCAAAAAGUCCUCCAAUUCGACAUCAUCAAAUAAUAACUCCACACAGAAUAAUAUAGAAUCUCCCAAUGAUUCCGAGCUAACUUCUAAUAAUGGAAAACCAUCAAAUUCGGUACUUUCGUUGGAGGAUGAACAGGCAUGGCUCGAUAUUCAGGAUAGUUAUGAAUUAUUAAGUGAUGACGAAAAGAGAGCAGAGUACGAUCGAGAGUUGGAUAUUGGAACACAUUUUGGAAGAAUUAUGAAUAGUUCGAGUAGUAUUUUCGGAACUAAUCUCAAUACGGUGGCCUACGAUUCGGCCAUGAGGAGGAAAAUGUAUCAUUAUAUUCAUCAAUCGGAUCGAUACCAAUCAAGAAGAGAAGAUGUUGAAAAUUAUUAUCAAGAAAUGAGUGAGGACGAGAAGGAAUUUCAAGAAAAGAUGAGAAAAUUGAAUCAAAAGAAAACUCGGAUGGAGGAUGAAAAGAUUUCUUCUCACUUUUUUGAUGAAUCGAAAACUGAGUGGAAUCAAUUCAUGCACAACAAGCCAACUUUUAGACUCUUUGACGUGGAGACUGAACGAGAGGAAAUGAUAAGGAGAACGAAAAGAAGAAUUCCUUUCUAUGCUGCAUUGUCAUUGGGUGUUUCCUUGAUCAUUGGAUAUGAGCUGGACAAGUUCAGUAAACGUGAGUAUGCUAGCGAUUUGGAAAAGAGAAUGCUUUUGAGGUAUUAUAAGGAGGCAGGAGCUGUGAGAAAUGAUCGUCUCAUUAAAUAG